GAUGGCGGCUGAUGAUACCGGCAGCCCCUGGCCAAUGAUAUAAAAAGUCAGUGCUACGUUCCGCUGCUCUAAAACAGACUUUUAUAGGUUGUACAGACGAGACCGUAAAAGUAUGAGUAAGAAAGAAGACUAGCUGAUGGGAUAACUUAUUUAAGUACAUGCAGGAAUGUCUUGACUCCUUUUCACGGGUCCACAGCGAAGAAAAGGCCGAAUGACGGUGGCAACUAAAUCCCAAUGCAAAUAUAAGAUUUAAAAUGGAUGGGUCACCCAGGAGAAAAGAGAGUGUUCAAACAAGAACACUCCGAGAACAGUAUACUAAGUUUAUUAACUCGGAUGCAGCGUUAGUAGAAGCAAGAAGGUGGAUUGAGAGAGCGACAUUUACUCCGUUCAAAAAUGAUGAUUUCCGGGAGUCUCUAGCAGACGGUGUUUUACUAUGCGAACUAAUUGUCAAUGUGGCGAAUAUCUCGGUUGGAAGAAUUAACAAGCAGGGAACAGCGCACGCCGGAAGGGAUAACCUGAGCGUGUUUUUCCGCGCAUGUGAGGCCCUGGGGCUGGAUAAAUAUCAGCUCUUUGAACACGAGGACUUAGACGAAGUGCCAAUCAAACGAGGCCAGUCAGCGGCCGAUAGAGCGAAAGAGGCGCAGAAACGUCUAAGCAAGGUCGCACUUACCAUCUAUUGGCUCGGAAAAUAUUGCCGCGAGCAACUACAUUUCACCGGGAGACUGAUACUAGACGAGGCGUGUUUUACGCACCUACUAAAAGGGGAUUUCCCAACGCUUCCAGACCUCGAGCCGACCCUCAUCCGGCAAGCAAGCUCGCCUCAACUCCAGUCGGGGUACAAGCCGCAGUGUGAGGUGAUCGAACAGGAGGGCGGUGGUCUGUCAGGCAAGGAGAAGGUCCUGAUCGAGAAGGUGGACUUCAGCGUCAAGCGUCAGGCGUUUAGACAACUCGAGGAGCAAGCGAGACAGGUACCGUAUCAACAGGAAGAACAGGAAGCGCUUCAGCGCCGCAAGUCGUUCAGCGGUAAAGAGAACGAGUACGUCGCGGAGAUCAAGCGUCGCAAGAGCUUCGGUAGCAGUUACAAGACGGUAUUUAAAGAGGGAGACUGCAAAUUUAAACACAAACGAGAGAUCCUUGGCGGCUGUAGGGACCCUAUUCGCGCACGCCAAGAGCGUAUCGUACAGAGCGGAGUAGAGACUGAGACGGAAUCGUCUCCCAAGCCACCUGUUGCCAUGCCCAUGCACGCACAGGUCAACUUGCGAGAGAAGAAAAGCCAGUUUGAGCAGCUAGAGAGACAAGCCUCGGAGGAAGCAGAGGUAUUGCAAGGCAAACGAUUCCGCCCCAAAUCCUGGGCGGGUGGAGACUUUAAGCUGCGAGGAGGUUCAUUAAGGGAUAGGACCUCUAAAUACGAGGAGAUGCAGUACCAGGCGGAUAAGGAGAGCGCCGUGCUACACGGUGAGCUGCGAAUGCCUGCUGUAAGUGACAACAAAAAGUCAAAAUCGCCAGUGUUACGGCACAGUAGAGUUAACCUGAAGGACAAACAGAGCAAAUUUGAACAGCUAGACAAGACCGCUGAACAGGAAACAGCUGUCCUGCACGGAAUGCACCGACAGGACUCCACAGAAAUGUACGACAUUGGUGACAAACCCAGUACCGUGGUACCCCUACCCCAGGGUGCUGAGGUCAAGCUACAAGACAAGAGGCGGCAGUUCGAAACACUGGACUAUAAGGCACAGAGGGAGAGCUCAAUCCUCAAGCUUCACAGCAGCGGCAAGUCGUUCGACUCUUCAGCAAACUCGAUUCCCCUCAGCACAUCAACACGCCGAGCGGAAUCAAAGCCAAGACCAAAAUCUGAAGCAUUUAAUUACCUACGUUACCAAGAUGACGGAAUCGAAAAAUCUGUUACACCUUCCGUUGCAACUACCAGGGUAGAAUCGGGAAGGGAAUUUAUGGACUCAGGAGCUCAUUCGCCGGCUCGAAGCCUAUCCCCUGCCCCACCCUCCAGAGGGUACAGCCCAGUCAAUGUCAUCCGACGCCAACACGAUAACAAAGAGACCAAGGAGCGACCCAAAUCCGAGCAGUAUUCAUCAUUCGCGGCUGCCGCGGCGUCAGAAAACAAAGAAAAUGCAAAGGCUGCUGAGCUGAACUACAAAGACUUUGUCGUUCCGCCUACUAUUAAGCAGACCGAGCGGGUGGACCGCUACAACGCCGCCUUGGUGGAACUGUCAAAGGACCCUGAGCCUAAGGCUGUGGUGGACCCCACCGGAGUCCCACCUCGCCGCAAGUCACGUACGAGCACAGAGUGGAUCAAAGUCACCUCCACAUCGACGAAGCAAAGCAGCAACGCAGACAGACCAAUUAAGAAGUUAUGGGACCGAGAUCCAAUGCCUGAUAGCGACGACGAGAGUAAACCUGUUCCUCGCUAUGGCAAGCCCUCGGUGGACGUAUCCACAAACUCUCAAGAGCCGAACAUAAAAGACAUGAGGUACAAGGACUUUGUGGUGCCACCACUCAAAGCAAAGGAUGAGCUUCCGGUCUCCAGAGCUGUGCACAGGGACGUCGAGUCUGAGCCACGUACGAAUGAACCCUUUAAACGUUUCACAGCGCCUGUGGUGGAACCCUCACGAGGAGGCAAAGCUACAACUUUGAGCUAUAAAGAUUUCGUCGUUCCUCCGCCGAAAACCGCGAAUACCAUAGCCGACCAGCCUAGCCAGUCACCUACGGAGAAGAAGAGCACCGCGGUGCCUGUCCGAAAGAGGAGUGUUAGAGAUAUCUCGCAGCUGUUCACAGAACUUGAGAAAGGUGAUAAUAAACCCAAGCCGACGGGCCCCCCACCGCCCAAGUCACUCGUCGAUAGGGAGGAACUCGUCAGAUACGAGCGUGAAUCCCGUGCGCGCAGCUGGUACGGUGGCGCUCUGGGGAUGGAUGACGAAGAUUAUGACGGCGCAUACCGUCGACGAGUUCGCCGCUGGUCAGACUACGAAGAUGAGGAGCGAGCCAGGCCAAGGUCUUAUGCUAACGAUACGUCUUAUGAACCGUCAGAAGAAGUCUUUGAGUCAACCAAACCUGUCUCGCCGCCAGCCGGGUACGUGAGCGCAGCGGUCGCCGAAGUGAAGCCAUCCGUCACUCAGUCCGUAGAGAGCCGUGGAUAUAGCCCCAAGAACGACACCAGUACCGCCCAGCCAGUGUCACUUAUUCCUAAACACGAGCCUCUACAUGACGUGUCCAGACCAAUAAGAUCUAUACUGAAGAACGAGCCAGCCAGCCCACCAUCCAACAAACCAGAAAGUCUGUACCACCAGGCAGACGCAAGGCCAGUCAGCCCAGAGCCAGAGAAUCAGUACAACCAUUACUACCAGACGAGACCUGUCAGUCCUCCUUCCAAAGAACCAGAAACUCGGUAUUACCAAGAAGACACGAGACCAGCUAGUCCUCCAGCUAAAGAACCAGAGACUCGGUACUUCCAGUCGGAAACCAAGCCUGUUGAAUCCUUGCCUCCACCACAGUCCCAUCAGAGGACAUUCGAGCCGCUGAAACCCGCACCGGAGCCAGAACCGCCGAGUCGACCUCCCUUGCCCAGCUACCGCGCAAUUUCUGGUCGCAGCUGGCAGGACUUUGAGAGCUCGAGGAGAAAGAAGAGUAUGGAGCUGCUGAAUCGUCCGCCUAGUCGUACCUUCGAGACACCUGCUGAGCCAGCAAAAGUAGAAGUUGUGAAGCUCAGGCGACCAGCAGAUUACAUACCUAAACACCAUGGAUCUCAGGAACUCUUAAACGAACGUCCGACAUCCCCAACGUACCGGGCGAAACCCCAAACCUACGAAACACACGUGCAGCCAAUGCAAUCACAGCCGAUUCAGUCUGAGCCGCAGCAAGCUGAAGAGAAGUCCGCUUAUUACUACGAAAAGAACUCGCGCCCUGAGGAAAAAUCACGCCCUGUCAACGGUCUUCCAGUCACCUACCCAACCUAUUACCAACCGGAAGAGUUCACUCCAGAGGCAAAGAGGAACAGGGAGUUUACCCCCGAAGAGACGGGGAAACCUUUGUACGUAAAUGCUAAACUUCGGGACAACGUGAACGGCCCUUACGAACCACUGCAACGGAGAUCUCCCAGUCAGGAGUUCAUCGCGGAGAAGCGAGCCGAGGAGGUCCAAUCGCACCCGAGGUCUGUCUCCCCCGGAGAACAGACACCUAAACUCGAGAUUAAUGACUACAAGUUCCGUCCGAGGUCGCCUUUACAACACACCUGGCAACCUGGAAAAGACGCAUACCGGAAACAACCAGCAAAGGAACCCGAGGUCAAAGAGUUUGCGCCACGACCUAGGACUCCAGAUUCAACUAGGGAGUUUACGUCUUCCAAAACCGAUCACAGCCCGCAAGUGUUCGCUAUAGUAGGACAAGGCCAGACUGUCCGUCCAGUGGCCAGCGAAGUCCCUAAGCCAGUUGCUGUCUCCAUAGUGCAGCAGACCCCAACAAGUUAUCAGAAGAGACACGAGGAAACUUCCGUGCCGGGAUCCGCCGUCAAGCAGGCGGUCAACGAUGUAUCACUCCUCAUGGAAGAGAAGUACCAAGAUGGGAGAAUGGCGAAGCCCAGAGCUCACGAACGGGACGAGCAACGGAAGCCCAAGACGUUUGAGUUGAGCGAGGACUCCCCUCAGGAGCGCGAAGAGAUUCAUAACGUUGCCAUAUACGAGACCAAAGAGCAGCCACGUAAAGUAGAGAUCACCUCGACUACCAACACGAAUCGGGAAGAAACCAUACAUGAGGAUAAGAGGCCUGCAGCAAAGGUCUUCGACUUUAGAAGCCAAAGUCCUCUUGUUGGCGAGAGGGAAGAGAAGCAACCUUCACCCCAGAUCACCAGGAAAAUUGUUCAAGAAGCACCAUCCGAGAGAGCUCAGUCUCCAAGGGAUUAUAGACACUCCGAAGAAAAAAGAGGGCCGUCUCCUCGUAACAUGAGGGCCGCUUCGCCUAGGGAUCACACGACAGAAAAACAAAUAGUUGUCGAGUCGAUCGUUCCCGUAGAAAAAGAGCCAGUGCCCGAAGUUGAUGUGUUGUCAGCGUUAGAUAGGAACGCGGAAGAGGAACGCCUUAGAGAUGCGGCGUACAGAGAAAAGCUCAGAAAAGAGGUCGAAGAGUCGAACCGCAGGCAACGCGAAGAGGCGAGAUACCUAAUGGACCAAAUGCAGGUGUCGUACGGAUCUGAAGAGGACGUGCCUGUUGAACAUAAGGAAAGGUACAGCAAGGGGCAGGACGUACCACUCCACCAAGCCAACGAUCCACUGAUCGACGAGCUGGAAGACUUCAAACAUGGGAGAAGAGAUGAGCAGAAAGAGAUUCAAACGUACGAAGUUAAGGUCGAGAAAAGAGGAGGCACGGUGUUUGAAGACGAAAGAAGAACCCAAGGCUGGUACAAACAAGAUAUUCCUCAGCCAGAAUGUGAACAAGAACCUGUUUCCCGUCAACAAUAUGUAAAAGUGGAGUCAGUCCCACAGGAAGAGCCGCGCCCACGGCAGGAUUUCUCAAGGGAAGAUGCAAUUCAAAGUCAUGAGGGACCAAAGGAGGAGCCACGGCAGGGAACCGAGAGAAGACGAGAGCCGUCCCUCCGACAUGAUGAUCGACACGAAGACCGUCGCAGUGAGGGGAGACCCGAGGACUACGAGAGAAGGGAUGAAGAGCGUCGAAGGGAGGCGGAGCGAAAAGGUGAAAGACCUCGAGAGGAGUUUGAGCGCAAAUCAGAGAGGUCAUCCCAAAGAUCACAACGGUCACUUCGUGAAGGAGAGAGAUACUACGAGGAAAGACGCGAGGAAAGUCAUGAUGAGAGGAGAAUGGAUAUGUCAUAUCGAGAAGAGGAUCAACGACGAGGUGUGAGAGGAGGCCCUCGAGAUGAGCGCGGUCCGCGUAGAGAUGAAAGACCACGCGAUGACAGCGACAGGGGCAGACGCGAUUAUGAUCCUCGGCGUCCACAUGAUAUAAGACCUGAUGGCGACAGAAGAGGCGAUAGACCACGUGACGAACUUGACAGAAAAGGCUAUAGACCACGUGAUGAAUAUGACAGAAGGGGCGAAAGACCACGCGAUGAAUACGACAGAAGAGGCAAAAGACCACGUGAUGAAUACGACAGAAGAGGCGAAAGACCACGCGAUGAAUACGACAGAAGAGGCGAAAGACCACGUGAUGAAUAUGACAGAAGAGGUCCUCGGGAUGAUCAAAGAGAAGAGAGACCACGUCGUGACGACGAACGCAGAGAAGAGAGACCGCCGCGGCCACGCUCUGGGAUGGACAGAAGAGAUGAGCGACCCCGCCCUGAUAUCGACAGAAGAGAUGAACGUCUGCGCCAUGAAGCAGACAGACGGGGCGACCGGCAUGACGAGAGACGGCCAAUGCCCGAAAGAAAAGAUGAUCGACGUGACAGACGCUACGAUGACAGGCGACCCGAGCAUGACAGACGAGACGAAAAGCAACGGGAACCGGAGAGAGCAGAUGAGCGACGCAUGCGUGUCGACGACACACGCGAUCCUAGGGACGUGGGUAUGCGGGAUGGUCGGUCCAUUGACCGGAAGGACGACCGUCGACGCUUUGAUGAUAUCAAUGGGAAUUAUUACCCUAAUGAUGAGAGGCGUGGGCAGGUAAACGGUAUAGCCCCGGUCGAGGAGCGCAGGGAGUAUCGUGGGAAGUUUGACCGCGAGGAGCUGGAUCAGGAGGAAGUCAGGCUGCGGCAGAGCAAGAAAGAAAUCAUCACUGUUCAGCAACAUGAACAAGUCUCCAUAGAGGCACCGUCCCGAACUCUCGAGGAAUCCCGCAAAAUGUCCCGUGGGGAUGAGUGGACACGAAUCCGUGCUGGGUCCGAUUACAGCAUCUAUGAGACCUUUGUUCAUGGCGACCGAAACGUGACCUGCGCCAGCUGUAGUCAGCCAAUCAGGAAGAGCAUGGCGGUGUACGUGAGCGAGUUGAAGCGCUACUGGCACGAUGACUGCUUCAGCUGUGUGGUGUGUCACGUGCGAUUCGGUACCGCUGAGCAACGCAGCCCUCUCAAAAUCACAGACUCUCUCUUACACUGCGAGAACUGCUUCAUUACCGACGAAGGCGAACAGUACACGGAGCUUUGAGGACAAGCGAACGAUGAAUUAGCUCCAAAUUAUAUCAAUAAGAGUAAACUUACUUGGGUUAUCAGCCUUAAUAUAGGCCAGUCAUUCAUUUUUGCCUCUCACGGUGAAGUUCGUUUAGUAUUUUUAUAAACUUUGAGUACGAGGUGUUCGUUCCCAUGCGUAGCAUUGCGCAGUUUUAUAACUAAAUCCAUUCAGAGGAACGUUUCUUACGAUAAACUUUGAGAUUGCAUGCAUUAAUCUUGUACUACAGACGAAAUAGAAAUAGAGCACAUAAUAAACGCUUAUCGAUACAAGUACAUUAAGGCUCAGUUUGGAAGCCAUGUGCAAGAGACUAUAACUAUACUCUGUUGAGUUUAUGCUGUAGCGGCAGAUAUGCUCAUAGAUCGAGGUAGAAGGGAUGGACCUCAACCUCUAUAGCACCAUACAAAACAGCUAACACAUUUUUAAACAGCUUGUUUUUAAUCCUACUAGAAAAUGCGUGCUAUUCAUAUAUGUAAAUAAAUCUCGUUUUAGACUA